AUGCGAACUUCGGUUGUCCCCAUUGCCAUCGUCGGAGCAGCCGCGGCGGCAAAUGCCUCAACAGCCGUCGGAUGCUCCGGAGGCCUACAAAUUCUUCUUGCCCGCGGCACGGGAGAGAAACUCAACAGCAGCAUAGCCAACAAAGUCGCUGAGGGCAUCAUAGACCGCAUCCCGAAUUCCAACUUCACCUCCUUGGACUACCCGGCUACCUUCACGGACCCCCCUUACACAUCGUCCGUCGCUGAUGGGGUCAAUAUUCUGAAGAAUGCCCUGGAUAGCUACCAUUCCACCUGCCCAGAUGGCAAGAUUGCGGGUGCUCAAGUGGCCACUUACGCGUUUUGCGGGGGAAAUGGGACAGAUAGUGCCAGCUCCGAGGCGACCAAAAAUGUGAUUGCGAUCCUCGAAUUCGGCGACCCAACCCACGUCGCCAAUGCGACCUACAAUAGGGGAAACAGCACAAAGGACGGCAUAUUUGCCCUGGACAGAGACGCGGUGAAGAGAUGCGAAAGCCUCGGCGACAGUCUGAGAUCCUACUGCGAUGCAGGCGAUACCUAUUGUGACCUUGGGAAUGUGACGGGUGUCCACACCAGCUACUUCAAGAGAUACACCGAUGAAACGGUCGACUUUGUCGUCAGCCGCUACCAGAACGCAGGCGACCAAAGUUCCACCACGAUAUCACCAACAGGCUCAGCUACGACUGGGGUGGGUGGCUCAGCCUCGGCAACAGGCGAUUCUGGCGGUAGUGCGCCUGGGCUGGGGCCGGGGAAUGGCUUGCUUUACACAGCCCCUUUAGCUGUAUGGGCCUUCUUUCAGCUGCUCUAA